AUGUCAGUCUUUUCAUUAUCUAUCUAUCUGUUUUUCUUUCUUUCUGUCUUUCUUUCGUUGUCAAUACAUAUUCCAUCAGUCUUUUCUUUCUUUUUUUUCUUUCUUUUUUUUUCUUUCUUUCUUUCUUUGUUAAUUCAUGUUACAUCAGUAUAUUUUUCUCUUUCUUUCCUUCUUUCCUUCUUUCUUUCUUUCUUUCUUUCUUGUCAAUUCCCUUAUUCUACCAAUUUUUUCUUUCUUUAUUUCUUUUCUUUCUUUCUUUCUUUCUUUCUUUCUUUCUUUUUCUCAUUCGUAUAUUCUAACAAUCAUUUUCAUUCUUUACUUAUCUAUCUAUCUAUCUAUCUAUCUAUCUAUCUAUCUAUCUAUGUUCAUAUCUAUGUCAGUUUUUUCAUUAUCUAUCUAUCUAUCUAUCUAUCUUUUUUCUUUCUUUCUGUCUUUAUUUCUUUCAUUGUCAAUACAUAUUCCAUCAGUCUUUUCUUUCUUUCUAUCUUUCUUUCUUUCUUUCUGUCUUUGUUAAUACAUAUUACAUCAGUAUAUUUUUCUUUCUUUCUUUCCUUCUUUCUUUCUUUCCUUCUCUCUUUCCUUCUUUCUUGUCAAUUCCCUUAUUCUACCAAUCUUUUUCUUUCUUUAUUUCUCUUUCUUUCUUUCUUUCUUUCUCCAUUCAUAUAUUCUAACACUCAUUUUCAUUCUUUACUUAUCUAUCUAUCUAUCUAUCUAUCUAUCUAUCUAUCUAUCUAUCUAUCUAUCUAUCUAUGUUCAUAUCUAUUUAUGUCAGUCUUUUCAUUAUCUAUCUAUCUAGCUAGCUAG